AUGGAAACGGUACGCUCGUUCCCUCGGGACCCUGGUGCUCCCUCGAAACAACCAUCGGCGGAGGAUUUGGACGCUGCGCAGCAGCUGAUUUCGUCUGCACAGGCGGGUCGCGAACGUUUGGCACAAUAUGGGAAUGGCCCAGGCAUUAAAGUCUCGGGAAGCCCUCCUCCUAAUAAUCAUGGACCACCCUCUGCACCGAGCCAAUUGAUGGAUGGCCACUCUAAUGACCACCGGGAUGGAACGUCUCCCAAGGCUCAAAAGGAUACCUCGUUUCUGGGACACUCCUGCAGCAAUUGCGGGACACAACACACUCCUCUCUGGCGUCGCUCUCCAACGGGAGCUAUGAUUUGCAACGCCUGUGGCCUCUACUUGAAAGCUCGCAAUGUCGCUCGCCCUACGAAACGAAAUCGCAUGCAGCAAGGUGCGGAUGGUGCCGAUAAACCAAACGCCCCGGUUGCUUCUCGUCCCGAAGCCACGGGCACCUCAGGAGGUGGUUGCAAGGGUUCCUGCCCGGGAGGCGGAAGUUGCAAUGGCACUGGUGGUGCAGAGGGAUGCGAUGGCUGCCCGGCUUACAACAACCGUAUCUACAAGGCUGCGAACCGUGCUCCUUCCGGCGUCGUACAGGGCUCCUGGGGCCGCACUUCGGCUCCUGAUACCGAGCCUGCUUCCGUACCUCAAGAAGCGGAGGCACCGGCUAAGCCUACACCUUCUGAUGGGGGUUCAUCCACGCUGGUUGCCUGUCAAAAUUGUGGGACAACGGUCACUCCGCUUUGGCGCCGGGAUGAGCAUGGACACCCCAUCUGCAACGCUUGUGGUCUGUAUUACAAGCUUCACGGUUGCUAUCGCCCUACCACCAUGAAAAAGUCCAUCAUUAAGCGCCGCAAACGCGUGGUUCCCGCUCUUCGCGAUCAAUCUCCCACGGCUGCUACUCACUCAUCCAACGGUUCAUCGGCCUCUCCUGAAGCAUCCCCCGCUGCUCUAGCCCAGGAUCACCAUCGAUAUAUGAGCAAUGAGCCCAUGGAUGGCCCUCGGCAGCUACCAUUUGCACCGCCUCCUGUGGACUUUACCGGCUUUCAUAUCAGCCCUGCCCCCUUGCAUCACAACGGACUGCCCAUCCUUCUCAAUCCGGAGCGAUUGGGUCAUUCACCGGUCUCUCAAUACGGCCGCCGAUCUGUGUCUCCAAAUAUCCUCUCGAAGAAACGCACACUGGCGGAAACCGAGGCGGAAAGUCUUCCUAUUCCCACGACCCUGGAAUCUGGCUCCAAUCAGUUGCCGCCUAUUAUGACCUCUGCCAACCCCUCGCCUCCAGGCCGCCUGAGUUCAAUCUCUUCCAUUUUGAAUCAUGCGGAUCCACGCAAUGAUUCUCCUCUGGGCCGACCCCAGGCCUUCCAACCUCCCAUGCAGCCUGCACCAUCCCAAUCGCAGCAACUUCCCGGCAUCUCCUCGUUCUCAGAUCCCGCAGCCGAACGCCGCGCUCAACUGGAGCGUGAAGCUGAGCAGAUGCGCGAGGCACUGCGGGCCAAGGAACGGGAACUUGCUGCAAUGGGCCGUUAA